AUGACGCCUCCGAUGUUUGCUUUGUAUGUGUCAUGUCUGCUCUUGGGGAGAAUGGCGGCUACGACAGCUCUUAAAGUAUCAUCUUUACGUUUCGCAUCACUUAGCGUCGGUGAAGACCUGACAUUGGAAUGCUUCUACAAAGAGGAUAGCGUGGCGGUGAUGUUUUACUGGUACAAACAAACUAUGGGACAGACACCACAGCUGGUGUCUAAAUUCUAUAAGCAUGACAAAAAUGCAUCUUUGAAUGAUGAAUUUAAAAACGAUCCACGCUUUGAAGUGAUAACUACCACUGGUAGAAAUCACUUGAAGAUCUCACAUGUGCGGAUUUCAGACUCAGCUACUUAUUACUGCGUAAGUGGCUAUUCAUAUGUGUAUGAAUUCACCGAGGGCACUAUAAUCCACGUAAAAGGUUCAGGUUUGAAGAUCCCAGCUUGGGUCAAUCAGUCAUCAUCUGAGAGCAUCCAGCCAGGAGGCUCUGUGACUCUGGACUGUACAGUACACACUGGGACCUGUGAUGGAGAACACAGUGUUUACUGGUUCAAGAACUCUGAAGAAUCUCAGCCAGGACUCAUUUACACCCAUGGAGGAAGGAAUGAUCAGUGUAAGAGGAAACCCAACACACACACCUGUGUCUACAAGCUGCCGAUGAAGAGUCUGACUCUUUCUCAUGCUGGGACCUACUACUGUGCUGUUGUCUCAUGUGGACACAUUCUGUUUGGAAAUGGGACCAAGCUGGAGUUUAAAUAUGAUGAAGAAUCUAUUGUGUUGGUGUAUAUCUUGAGUGGAGCUUUGGCAUUCACCACCAUCCUGGUUGUUUCCUUGGUUUACACACUGUACAAGACAAACAGCUGCCAAUGCACAGAUUCUCAAGCUAGAUCCUCCGCUGCCUCGGAUCCCAAUGCAGAGGGUUGCCAAGAUGAAGACAACCUCCAUUAUGUUGCUUUCAGGGAGAACAAGGCCAACAGAUCAACGAGGCAGCAGACAGACGACACCUGGAGUGAAUGUGUGUACUCCAGUGUAAGGCAGUAG